AAGCAUGAGGUCUUUCAGUGUGUGUGUUCUGCUCAGCCUGGUGGUUGCAGUUUUCUCUGUGCCACUAGCUGAAGUUUCUGAGCAAGAUCAAAGUUUUGCAAUGAGCUACCUGAAGAAAUUCUUCAACCUGACAGAGGACAGAGGGCCAUCAGUCAGACGGGGCAUCAGCCCACUGAACAAGAAGCUGGCUGAGAUGCAGAGAUUCUUUGGUCUGCAGAUCACCGGGACUCUGGAUGCUGACACCUUGGCCGUGAUGAAGAAGCCACGCUGUGGUGUUCCAGAUGAUACGGCUGCUCGUUUCUCCACUUUUGGAAACAACUUCAAAUGGCAGAAAAACAGCCUCACAUACAGGAUAGAAAACUACACACCUGACAUGUCUGUGGCAGAGGUGGAUGAUUCUAUCAAGAAAGCGCUGCAGGUUUGGGCCAAAGUCACUCCUCUGAGGUUUACAAGAAUCUACAGCGGCACUGCUGACAUCAUGAUCUCCUUUGGUCGCCAGGCACACGGUGAUUUUUAUCCCUUUGAUGGCCCUGGGAACAUUCUCGCCCACGCCUUUGCCCCAUCUCCUGGCAUUGGAGGAGAUGCCCAUUUUGAUGAGGAUGAAACCUUCACGUUCCGCUCAAACAGAGGCAUUGUCCUCUUCAUUGUUGCUGCCCAUGAGUUUGGUCACUCUCUGGGCUUGUCUCAUUCCAAUGACCCUGGUGCGCUCAUGUACCCCACAUACUCAUACAGAAACCCUGACACCUUUGUUCUGCCUUACGAUGAUGUUAAAGGCAUCCAGUCCCUCUACGGUUCAAACCCUACUGUGGUUCAUCCCAAACCCCCCACUACUCCUGAUGCCUGUGAUUCAACCAUGGUAUUGGAUGCUGUCACCACCUUAAGAGGAGAGAUUAUCUUCUUCAAAGACAGCUUCUUCUGGCGUAGCUACCCUCAAAGCAGGACACCUCAGGCAAUCCUCAUCAGUACCUUCUGGCCAAGUGCCCCGGUAAACAUUGAUGCUGCAUAUGAGAACCAACAGUCAGACAGAAUGUUUCUGUUCAAAGGUCGUCAAGUGUGGGCCUUCACUGGCAUCCAGCCUGUACACGGCUAUCCUAAAACACUAACUGCUUUUGGUCUGCCAGGAAGAGUGAAGAAAAUCGAUGCUGCCCUUCAUGAUGUACACUCUGGCAAAACUCUCUUCUUUGUAGGCAGCUAUUACUACAGAUAUGAUGAGGUUAGAAAGACUAUGGACCAGGGAUAUCCCAAAAAAGUGAAUCAGUUCUUUACAGACUUGACCACCAACGUGACAGCAGCUUUGCAGUACAAAGGUUUCACUUACAUCUACAGUGGACCUUACAUCUAUGAGUACAACCUGACAACUGGAAGACUGUAUCGAGUGCUGAGGAACAGCCACUUCCUGCCCUGCUCGAACUUCUAGCCCUGUUGAUCUUUGUUUUCAUGUGGCCACUUUUGUAAACUAAGAAUGAAUGUACACCCCCUUCCUAUUGACAGUGUUGUUAUGAAUAUAUUUUCAAUAUUGGAUCACAUGUAUUUAGACUGAGAACACUGCAUGAAGUGUGAAAUUUUAAGUAUAUUUUAAUAUUCUUCCAAAUGCAGUUUGAAAUAUAAGUUGUGAA